GCUUUGAGUUUCAGUUUUCUUUCUUUCCUAGAGUCUCCGAAGCCAUAGAUCUCUUAAGAACCUUCUGUCUCCAAACCGUGGCUGCUCGAUAAAUCAGACAGAAUAGUUAAUCCUCAAUUUAAGCCUAAUCUAACCCUUAGAAACAGAUAUAGAACAAUGGAAGUGACAACAAGAUUGACAUGGAAUGAUGAAAAUCAUCUGCGCAAGCUGCUUGGAAAUGUUUCUUUGAGUCUUCUCUAUAAGUCUAGUGUUCAUGGAGGUAGCAUUGAAAAUAUGGUUGAAAGAUGCAGCCAUCAGGGAUGUACUAUAACAAUGACUUACAUUGAUGACAAUAUGAUUGUAGCCUUUAUGCUUGGAAAUUAUAUUAAUUUACAUGAAAGUUCUACAGAGCCAAAUGAUUCCCUAUGGUUUUCACUUCAAAAGAAAAAUGACACCACUGAAAUAGAAACUCUACUCUUAAAUACAGCACCAAAAAUUAUUGAUGAACAACUGGUGUGUCGUUUAUCGAAAAAGGAUAUUUUCAUUUUAUGUCGAGAUAAUAAAAUUUAUCUAGAUAAAAUGAUAACAAGAAACUUGAAACUAAGGUUUUAUGGCUACCAUCAGUAUUUGGAACGUGAAGUUUUUCGAGUUGAAGGAAUUAAGGAUAACCUAGACGACACAAAGAGGAUAAUGAAAGCCAGAGAGCACAGAAAUAGGCUUCUAGCAGACAUCAGAGCCUACAAGCCCUAUGCAGACUUGGUUUCAGAAAUUCGUAUUCUUUUGGUGGGUCCAAUUGGGUCUGGAAAGUCCAGUUUUUUCAAUUCAGUCAAGUCUAUUUUUCAUGGCCAUGUGACUGGCCAAGCCAUAGUGGGGUCUGAUAUCACCAGCAUAACCGAACGGUAUAGGAUAUAUUCUGUUAAAGAUGGAAAAAAUGGAAAAUCUCUGCCAUUUAUGUUGUGUGACACUAUGGGGCUAGUUGGGGCAGAGGGAACAGGACUGUGCAUGGAUGACAUUCCCCACAUCUUAAAAGGUUGUAUGGCAGACAGAUAUCAGUUUAAUUCCCAUAAACCAAUUACACCUGAGCAUUCUACUUUUAUCACCUCUCCAUCUCUGAAGGACAGGAUUCACUGUGUGGCUUAUGUCUUAGACAUCAACUCUAUUGACAAUCUCUCCUCUAAAAUGUUGGCAAAAUUCAAGCAAGUUCACAAAGAAGUAUUAAAUUGUGGUAUAGCACAUGUGGCCUUGCUUACUAAAGUGGAUGAUUGCAGUGAGGUUCUUCAAGACAACUUUUUAAACAUGAGUAGAUCUAUGACUUCUCAAAGCCAGGUCAUGAAUGUCCAUAAAAUGCUAGGUAUUCCUAUUUCCAAUAUUUUGAUGGUUGGAAAUUAUGCUUCAGAUUUGGAACUGGACCCCAUAAAGGAUAUUCUGAUCCUCUCUGCACUGAGGCAGAUGCUGCGGGCUGCAGAUGAUUUUUUAGAAGAUUUGCCCCUUGAGGAAACUGGUGCAAUUAAGAGAGUGUUACAGCCCUGCAUUUGAUAUAAGUUGCCUUGAUUCUGACAUUUGGUCCAGCCUGUACUAGUGUGCCUCAAUGAGAGUCAAUCUCUAUUGACAGCCUGCUUCAGAUUUUGCUUUUGUUCAUUUUGCCUUCUUUCCUUGGAACAGUCAUAUCUCAAGUUCAAAGGCCAAACCUGAGAAGUGGUGGGCUAAGAUAGGUCCUACUGCAAACCACCCCUCCAUAUUUCUGUACCAUUUACAAUUCAGUUUCUGUGACAUCUUUUUAAACCACUCCAGGAAAAAUGAGAUAUUCUCUAAUUUAUUCUUCUAUAACACUGUAUAUAGAGCUAUGUGAGUACUAAUCACAUUGAAUAAUAGUUACAAAAUUAUUGUAUAGACAUCUGCUUUCUUAAAUAGAUUGUGAGUUCUUUGAGAAACAGCGUGGAUUUUACUUAUAGAUGUAUUCACAGAACUUGGCACAGUGCCUGGUAAUGAGCAAGCAUACCUGCCACUACUUUUCCUUCCCACUCUCUCCAACAUCACAUUCACUUUAAAUUUUUCUGUAUAUAGAAAGGAAAACUAGCCUGGGAAACAUGAUGAAACCCCAUUUCCACUGCAAAAAAAAAAAAAAAGAACAAAACAAACCCCAUAAAAAUUAGCUGGGUAUAAUGACACAUGCCUGUAGUCCCAGUUACUCAGGAUGAUUGAUUGAGCCUUGGAGGUGGAGGCUACAGUGAGCUGAGAUUGUGCCACUGCACUCUAGCCUGGGAGAAAGAGUGAGAUCCUGACUCAAAAAAACAAAAGAAAAUGAAACAAACAAACGAAAAACAGAAAGGAAGACUGAAAGAGAAUGAAAAGCUGGGGAGAGGAAAUAAAAAUAAAGAAGGAAGAGUGUUUCAGUUAUAUCUGAAUGAAAAUAUGAAUGACUCUAAGUAAUUGAAUUAAUUAAAAUAAGCCAACUUUUUUUUAACAAUUUACAUUUUAUUUCUAUGGAAAAAAAUAAAUAUUCCUCUUCUAAAAAACCCAUGCCUGAUUUUCAUUAAUUGAAUUCCAAAUCAUCCCAGCCAUGUGUCCUUCAAUUUAGGUUACUGGUGCAAAUCAGUAAGAAAGUUCUUAUACUUAUGCUCCAAAUAAUUCUGAAGUCCUCUUAGUAGCUGUGAAAGCUAGUACUAUUAAGAAAGAAAAACAAAAUUCCCAAAAAUAGCUUUCACUUUUUUUUUCCUUAAAGACUUCUUAAUUCUCUUCUCCAAAUUCUUAGUCUUCUUCAAAAUAAUAUGCUUUGGUUCAAUAGUUAUCCACAUUCUGACAGUCUAAUUUAGUUUUAAUCAGAAUUAUACUCAUCUUUUGGGUAGUCAUAGAUAUUAAGAAAGCAAGAGUUUCUUAUGUCCAGUUAUGGAAUAUUUCCUAAAGCAAGGCUGCAAGUGAAGUUGUGCUCAAGUGAAUGUUCAGGAGACACAAUUCAGUGGAAGAAAUUAAGUCUUUAAAAAAGAUCUAGGAAUAGGAGAACCAUGGAAAUUGAGGAGGUAGGCCUACAAGUAGAUAUUGGGAACAAAAUUAGAGAGGCAGCCAGAAAAAGUUAUUUUAGGCUCACCAGAGUUGUUCUUAUUGCACAGUAACAUACCAAUACACCGAAACAGCAGGUAUUGCAGUAGAGAAAGAGUUUAAUAAUUGAUGGUAGAAAAAUGAGGAAGGUUGAGGAAACCUCAAAUCUACCUCCCUGCUGAGUCUAAGUUUAGGAUUUUUAAGAUAAAGGCAGGUAAGGGGCUGAAGGUCUGGAGCUGCUGAUUUGUUGGGGUAUAGGGAAUGAAAUGAAACAUACAGAGAUGAAAACUGGAAUUUUUUUUUUUUUUUUUUUGCUGAGUCAGUUCCUUGGAGGGGGUCUUCAGACUGACUGGUGUCAGCAGACCCAUGGGAUUCCAGGAUCUGGAAAACUUUUUAGAUAGAAACUUGAUGUUUCUUAAUGUUACAUAUGUUAUCUCAUAGAAAUAACUAAGAGAAGUUAGUGCUUUGUGACCACAUCUAUGUGACUUUUAGGCAGUAAGAAACUAUAAGGAAAGGAGCUAACAGUCAUGCUAUAAGUAGCUACAAGGAAUUGGUUUAAAGGGCAAGCUGGUUAGUACUUAGCUGUGUUUUUAUUCAAAGUCUACAUAUAAAAUGUACACUACAUAAAGUAGUGGUUAAUGUUUGCUGUUCAUUAGGAUGGUUUCACAGUUACCAUACAAAUGUAGAAGCAACAGGUCCAAAAAGUAGGGCAUGAUUUUCUCCAUGUAAUCCAGGGAGAAACCAAGCCAUGACCAUUGUUGGUUGGGGGACUGAAGGUAAUUGAAGGUUCACCAUCAUCCUCACCAACUUUUGGGCCAUAAUUCACCCAUCCCUUUGGUGGAGCCUGAAAAAAAUCUGGGCAGAAUGUAGGACUUCUUUAUUUUGUUUAAAGGGGUAACACAGAGUGCCCUUAUGAAGGAGAUGGAGAUCCUGCAAGGAAGAGAAGGAGUAAAGGAGAGAUCAAGAGAGAGAAACAAUGAGGAACAUUUCAUUUGAUCCAACAUCCUU